GGGUUCGCGAGCGAAGGGUCACUUCGGGUUAGGGCUCCGGCGCGAAAAGAUCGAAGAGCGUGUUUAGACCGAACCGAGGCGUGCGCGUCCAAAUGUAUCGUAACGUGUGUAAUAUAUAAUUGUUAAUUGUCUUAAAUGUCCGUGUCGUUCUUAACGUCUUCUAAUACGUGACGAAAGAAAAAGAAUAUAAAAGUGGCGACGAGGAAAACGAAAAAAAAAUAUAGGAACUAUAAACGAAAAAAAAGUGUUAUAGUGCAAUUAUUCGCGUGUGUAUAAUUCCGCCGCAGUAACAAUGUAUAGUCCUGAUGAAAAUUCCGGGAUGGACGAUCCGCGCCGAUUAUCACAGAACGGCGCAAACGCUCUGAACGCCGCGUUCACGCAACGUAUGCAUCCACCGCCGCAAGGUGCAGCGACGCAGCCGCAGCAACCGCCAUCGCAGCAUCCAGGCGCAGCGUCAGCCCUGGCAGGACCAGCGUCACAAAGUCCUGAAUUUGGGAUGCUGUACCAAAUGCUGCAACUAAUGCAACAGCAAAUGCAGCAACAGCAGCAACAGGCGGCUCAACAGCAGCAGAUGAUGGCUCAACUGAUGCAGCAGCUUCCCCCAACGGCAUCUCAGCCCCCCGCUCACCAGCCCACACCGCCAACCGAUCCCGAGCUGGUUAUAAACGCCCUAGCGGCAAGCAUCACCGAGUUUCGCUACGACGCAGAAGCUGGUGCCACAUUUCGCGCGUGGUACUCGCGAUUCGAGGAUCUGUUCGUGAAAGAUGCUUCCCGGCUCGAUGAACCAGCAAAAAUCCGCCUGCUAACCCGUAAGUUGGGCACAAUGGAACACGAGCGUUACGCCAACUACGUUCUUCCCUGCCACCCCCGCGACUUCACAUUCGAUGAGACGGUAAGCAAACUGAAGGUGCUUUUCGGAAACGUCGAAUCGCUUAGUAGUAGGCGAUACAAGUGCCUUCAGACGAUAAAGGAGAAGAACGAGGAUCUGCUUCCGUUCUCUUGUAGGUUAAAUCGUGCCUGCAACGAUUUCCAAUUCUCCUCAAUGACCGAGGACCAAUUUAAAUGUCUAAUGUUUGUUUGUGCUUUAAGAGAAGAAGUGCACAACGACAUACGAACGAGGCUCCUAACGCGCAUCGAGGAUCGACCGGAUCUAACCCUGGAACAGCUUUCCGCCGAAGGCGAACGAUUAAUAGGUCUAAAAGAGACUACGGCGAUGUUUGCUUCCGGGAGAGAGGGCAAAGUUCAUGCUCUACACAGCACGUACAAGCAACGAGAUGCGCAGAAAGAGAAGAGAGACAACAACAACAACAAGCAGCGUCGUCCCGAGAGAAGUGGUGCAGAUUCUCCAGCAUCCAAACCACCGAGACCGUGUUGGUUGUGCGGUGACUCCCAUUGGGUGAGAGAUUGUUCUUACAGCUCUCAUAAGUGUCAGGAUUGUGGGAGAUACGGUCAUCGCGAGGGUCAUUGCAGCAAGUCGGGUCGAAAGCGGGAAUUAACGAAAUAUCGCAAGCGCACUUCGGUUGCAACACGUGCAGUGGUUGUAAACGUCCGUAGCUUACAGAAGCGCAAAUACGUGAGCAUCCGAAUAGGCAGCAAAACAGCGGAACUGCAGCUCGACACGGGGUCGGAUAUCACGAUAAUAGGACGGAAAACGUGGAAGCAGCUCGGCAUGCCACGACUAUCGCCAGCAAGAGUGCAUGCGAAAACAGCAUCCGGUUCACGCCUUCAGCUGGAUGGCGAGUUUGAUGCAAACGUUACGGUGAACGGGACGACAAAAUCAGCAACGAUCCUAGUUGUUCCUAUAGAUUUACAGCUUUUAGGAGCGGAUUUUGUCGAAAUUUUCUCGCUGGGAACGUUGCCGAUGGAUGAAUACUGCAACAGAAUCGGUUGCGAGUCUACCAAAUGGGAGAGCAAAUUUCCGGCUAUUUUCAAUGGUACCGGAUUAUGCACUAAGGCAAGCAUUAAACUGCAUGUGAAAGAAAACGUCCGUCCUACCUUUUGUCCAAAGCGCCCUGUGGCUUAUGCUAUGCAAGCAACAGUAGAAAAGGAGCUUGAUCGUUUAGAGCAACUCAACGUCAUCACGCCAGUCGAUUAUUCCGACUGGGCAGCGCCCAUCGUAGUCGUAAGAAAAAGCAACGGCAGUAUCAGAAUCUGCGGAGACUACUCGACUGGACUGAAUUCGGCUCUCCAGUCAUACGAAUAUCCUUUACCGCUCCCGGACGAUAUAUUUGCUAGGCUGUCGCGGUGCAGAUUUUUCAGUAAAAUCGACCUCUCCGACGCAUUCUUACAGGUCGAAAUAGCAGCCAAAUACCGCCCCCUAUUGACCAUAAAUACGCAUCGUGGCUUAUACCACUACAAUCGCCUACCACCUGGUAUCAAAAUAGCGCCGGCCGCUUUUCAGCAAUUAAUUGAUACCAUGCUCGCAGGAUUGAAAGGCACAUCAGGUUACAUGGAUGACGUGAUCGUAGGUGGUACAACGGAACGCGAGCAUGACGAAAAUUUGCUUAAUCUUUUCCGCAGAAUACAACAGUACGGAUUCACAGUCCGCGCGGAAAAGUGCGCUUUCAAAAUGCAGCAAAUAGAAUAUCUGGGUUUCAUCAUCGAUCGUCGUGGCCUCAAACCAAACCCAGCGAAGAUUGAAGCUAUUCUGAAGCUUCCAGCGCCAACAAACGUAAGCGAGGUACGGUCAUUCUUAGGCGCAGUUAACUAUUACGGAAGGUUCGUUCCGAAAAUGCGCGACCUAAGGUACCCUCUAGACGUCCUAUUAAAGAACGAAACCACAUUCGUAUGGACUCGCGAAUGUGAAAGCGCAUUCAAGCGAUUUAAGGAAAUAUUGGCAUCGGAUCUGCUACUUACACAUUACGACCCAAAUGCCGAAAUAGUAGUAUCUGCUGACGCUUCAGCAGUGGGACUUGGUGCUACCAUUAGCCACAAAUUAAAAUUAAAAGUAGUACAACAUGCCUCGAGAGCACUUACGACAGCGGAAAAUAAGUACAGCCAAAUCGACCGUGAGGGUCUAGCCAUCAUUUUUGCAGUGAAAAAGAAAGGCAUACCGGUUUACACAGCUAAUAGACUGCAACGUUUCGCGCUGUCCUUGCAGUUGUAUGAUUUCAGCAUCGAGUAUGUACCAUCGACACAAUUCGGAAAUGCUGAUCUGUUAUCGAGGCUGAUCAGCGAACAUGCGAAACCGGACCCCGAAUACAUCAUAGCCAGCACUGAGCUCGAGCAGGACGUAAGUUACGUUGCAACGCAGUCAAUUAAAGUAUUCCCUCUUAAUUUUAGAGACGUUGCGUCCGCUACAAGGGCUGACCCGAUACUACGGCAGGUGCUUCGUUACGUCCUGCAAGGGUGGCCUAAAAACUACGCCUAUGGACAAGAGCUGGCGCGAUUCUUCAAUCGAAGCGAGGCGCUAUCCACGGUACGUGGAUGCAUUUUGUUCGGGGAGAGGGUGGUCAUACCUACCAAGCUGCGUCACAGAUGCAUAAAGCAGUUACACGAGGGCCACCCAGGUAUGCAACGGAUGAAAGAACUAGCCCGCAGUUACGUGUACUGGCCGGGCAUGGAUGAGGACAUCGUGGAGUGUGUUAGAACGUGUCACGCAUGCGCGGUUGCCGCUAAAACACCUCCACACGCUAAGCCGGUACCCUGGCCCACUACAAAACACCCAUGGGAACGCAUUCACGUCGAUUACGCGGGACCGAUCGAGGGUGAUUAUUUUCUAGUAGCAGUCGACGCGUACACGAAGUGGCCAGAGGUAAUAAAGACGAGCAGCACCACCACACCGGCAACGAUAGCAAUUCUACGAAACCUAUUCGCAAGAUUCGGGUUUCCCGUGACGCUAGUAAGUGAUAACGGACCGCAAUUCACUAGCGCCACGUUCGAUGAAUUCUGUGCUAAGAGCGGCAUUCAGCACAUAAAAAGUCCACCGUUUCAUCCUCAGUCCAACGGACAGGCCGAACGAUUUGUCGAUACGUUCAAGCGGUCUAUAAGGAAAAUCGAAGAAGGUGGAGCGUCCUGUGGCGAAGCACUCGAAAUUUUCCUUCAAACGUACCGAGCAUCCCCCAAUCCUGUUUUGGAGCAACAUCGGUCGCCAGCGGAGGUUAUGUUCGGGAGGAAAAUUCGAACAGCACUGGAGCUGUUAAAGCCACCGCCUACACCAGAAGUAGAACGAGAAAGACGAGAUCAUCGGUUCCAGCGCAACGAGCUCGUCUAUGCAAAGUGGUAUACGCGGAACUCAUGGAAAUGGGUUCCCGCAAAAGUGAAUCGACCAAUCGGUGAUGUCAUGUACGAGAUCGAGACGAAUGAUCACCGGACACACCGCCGCCACCUAAACCAAUUGCGAAAACGAACGGAAACGAAGGGCCCACAUCGAUCGAACACGCUAGCGGAUAGCUACCAACUUCCGCUAGAUUUCCUCGUGGAAACAUCACACAACGACGAACAGGCAGUGUCUGCUGGAGGCACUGUGGAACCAUCUGUACCUUCCCCACAUUUACCAUCUCCCAGGCCGGUACCUUUUGUACCAAGACGACAUCAGCAGCCGGUACGAUCGCCACGCAGGUCUUCUAGGUCUAGAAGACUUCCGCGUAGGCUCGAGGGGUACCAGCUGCAAACUAAAAGGGGGAGAUGUUAUGGUCCAACCUUUCCUCGGUAGAUCUGUCACCUAAACUCACCACUGACAGAAACGGUCAGUGGUUGAUGUGUUAGUGAGAUCUACCGAGAGGUCAGGGUUCGCGAGCGAAGGGUCACUUCGGGUUAGGGCUCCGGCGCGAAAAGAUCGAAGAGCGUGUUUAGACCGAACCGAGGCGUGCGCGUCCAAAUGUAUCGUAACGUGUGUAAUAUAUAAUUGUUAAUUGUCUUAAA